AUGAUCUCCGGCGAGUUGUCGCCGCGAUCAAGGAAUCCAGGGGAAGCAGCCCCGAUCUUCCAUCCAACGGGGGGACGAGUUACCGCGCGUGAGUUGCUGGAAGAUUGGCAAGAGGGAUCGACUGCGGACGUUCGCACCGCCUUGGAAGCCAUCCUGGUCCGCGACGAAACCGGUCCCCGGGUUGGAGAGGCGGCGCCUGACUUUUCUCUCAAGCGAUUGGGUUCCGAGGAGCGGGUGCGGCUGUCCGAUUUUCGGGGCCGGCGACCGGUGGCCCUGGCCUUUGGCAGCUACACUUGA